AACGAGAAGGCGCGCGUCAUCAGACGCACGGUGCUGCGCUACGUGAACCUCACCUUCGCCAUCACCAUGAGCAUGAUCAGCCCCCCCAUCAAGAAGAGGUUCCCCACCAUGGACCACCUCGUCGAGAUGGGUCUCCUGACGGAGCAGGAACACAUGAUCUUCCAGAUCCUGAACGCCAAGACGUCCUACUCCAAGUACUGGAUGCCCCUGAUCUGGGCGGGGGCGCUGGUGUCCAAGGCGCGCAAGGAGGGCAGGAUACGGGACGACUUCGCGGUCAAGACCAUCAUGGACGAGCUCAAUAACUUCCGUAGGGGCUGUGGCCGCCUCCUCAGCUAUGACUCCAUCAGCGUACCUCUUGUGUACACCCAGGUCGUGACGCUGUCGGUAUACACCUUCUUCGUGGCAACGAUCGUAGGACGGCAGUUCUUAGAUCCUUCCCAGAACUACGACGGAAACACCGUGGACCUCUACAUCCCCUGGUUCACCAUCCUGCAGUUCUUCUUCUACAUGGGGUGGCUGAAGGUGGCGGAGUCACUCAUCAACCCCUUCGGUGAAGACGAUGACGACUUCGAGAUCAACGCCCUCAUUGACCGCAACAUUGUCGUAUCCUACCUGAUCGUAGACGAGAUGCACGAGGACCAUCCUGAGCUCAUAAAGGACAUGUACUUCGAGGAGGUGGUACCAGCAGCGCUACCAUACACGGUCGCCACCGAGCACUACCGCACCUUGCCCAGCCAGGGGUCAACGGCCAACCUGCAAAUACCGGAGCACCAGCAGGAGAUCCUGGACCCCAUCCAGGAGGAGGGGGAGGAGGGGGAGGUGGAGACCGUCACGGGGGGCAUCACAACCGUGGGCUCCACCCCCAUCAAGACCGUGCCCAGCGACCUCAAGACCGUCGCUUCGACCCCAAUGAAGUACGUCGCCAGUGACGUGGAGAAGAUCGGGUCGGUGCCCCCCACCCCCCGGCGGCGGCGGUCCUUCAUCGGCGGCCUCGUCAGCAGGAUCAGCUCCGCCGCCUCCCGCAAGGUGUCGGGGGCGAGAGCGAAGAGCAGCACGAGCGUCGGGGAGCGCCGGCGGCUGAGGGCCACGUCGGCCGCCGCCAGCCGCGCGGCGCUCGCGCAGGAGAACCUCAUAAACACCGUGUCGGAGACCGAUGAGAACGGGAAGACAUCUUAGCGACCAGGAGACUUGGCAACGCUGCAACAACACUUGGCAACGCCGCACCACGUGGCAACGCCGCGGUAACUCGUGGCAACGCCGCAGCAACACGUGGCAACGCCGCAGCAACAUGUGGCAACUCUGCAACAACACGUGGCAACGCCGCAACAACACGUGGCAACGCCGCGGUAACAUGUGGCAACGUCUCAACACGUGGCAACGCCGCAGCAACACUUGGCAACGCCGCAACAACACGUGGCAACGCCGCAACAACA